UGCUGGCGGCGUCAGCCCGGGGCGGACGGAGAGUCCUUAAUUCUCCAUACCCGGUUCAUUGCUUCGGGUUGAAGGUGAACACUUGUGUUGUUGCCGAGGAAAUCUUUGCAUUUCCCGCAAUCCGGUCAUUGUAUGGCUUCAGUGGUUAACGCUUGAGACAUCAGAGUUGGUCUCUGGGCAGCUCCCCUUGAGAUAGAUGACUUGGGAAAAAGAAUUGCUUAACAAAACCAAGGAAGAAUCCCUGUGAUCAGUCAAACGCCAGUGAAUCUGGGUUUGCCGAUGCCCUUGGUAAUUCGCCUGCAAGCACGCGAGGACCCGAGGAAAAUGACCAUAAAUUCGUCAGGAAAUGUCUGUUUUUUGUUUUUUUUUUUUAAACAUCUCCAGACAUUGAUAAUGUUUCGUAAAUUUGCAAGAGAUGCAAGAAACUACAGAUAAUGUUUGCUGUCACCUCGGGAGCUGCAUCCUGAGAUGAAAUCAGAGCCUAGGGGCUUGGCAGAUACCAGCAGACAUCAGUACCUUAUGGAUAGCUUAUUAAAUAAAGACAUCGAUGAAGAGUGUACGGUGUGAGAAGUAGGGUAUUGACCUGGGUAAGAUUUUUUUUUUCCUAUAAAGAGAUAGCUAGUCCACUAAUUUUUUUUCGUCUGCGAAGAUGUCUCCUUUCCUCCUUUAAAGACUGUAGUCCAAGCAGUCUUUAAAGACUCAACUGGAGACAGCUGGAGGACGCUCUUUAAUUGCCUGUGCACAUUCUUGAUUUGCCUGUAAAUGCAUCACGAAGAGGCAGCCCAGAAUGAAGAAAGCAAGCAGGAGUGUUGGCUCAGCGCCUAAGGUGUCGGGGAUAAGCAGAGUGCAGGCCGCAGACAAAGCCAGGCCCGAGAGCAGCUCCUCCGCCUCUGCGGGCAGCAGACCCGUGAAGCCUGGGGCCACAGCAGCACUGUCGAAGACCAAGAGCAGUGAUGACCUUUUAGCUGGGAUGGCUGGAGGGGUGACCGUGACCAAUGGUGUCAAAGGGAAGAAGAACGCCUGCUCUUCCAGCGCGCCACCUGCGCCCGCCUCUGCCAUGAGCGCCGCGGAGAACAGGCCCAGGACCAGCACAGGCACGAAUUCUUCAACCAAGCGGAGCACUUCCACAGGUAAUAAAGAGUCCAGUUCUACUAGAGAAAGAUUACGUGAACGUACCCGACUAAACCAGAGCAAAAAACUACCUUCUGCAGGUCAGGGGGCUAAUGACGUGGCGUCGGCCAAACGCUCACGCAGUCGCACGGCUGCAGAAUGCGAUGUCCGCAUGAGCAAGUCCAAGUCGGACAAUCAAAUCAGCGACAAAGCUGCUCUGGAGGCCAGAGUGAAGGAUCUUCUCACCUUGGCCAAAACCAAGGACGUGGAGAUUUUACAUCUGCGGAGCGAGCUCCGGGACAUGCGUGCCCAGCUGGGCAUCAGCGAGGACCCCCUCCCCGAGGGCGAUGAGAAGUCCGAGGAGAAGGAGGUCAGCGCCACGCACCCACCCACUGACGUGGAGUCCACACUGCUGCAGCUGCAGGAACAGAACGCCGCCAUCCGCGAGGAGCUCAACCAGCUGAAGAACGAGAACCGGAUGCUGAAGGACCGGCUCAACGCUCUGGGCUUCUCCCUGGAGCAGAGGCUGGACCAUUCCGAAAAGCUGUUUGGCUAUCAGUCACUGAGCCCAGAGAUCGCCCCGGGUAACCAGAGCGACGGCGGGGGGACGCUGGCCUCCUCGGUGGAGGGCUCGGCCCCUGGCUCGGUGGAGGACCUGCUGAGCCAGGAUGAGGGCGCGCUCAUGGGCCGCCAGCACAUGGACAUCAGCAACUCCCUGGACAACCUGGGCAGCGAGUGCAGCGAGGCGUGCCAGCCCCUCACGUCCAGCGACGACGCCCUGGACGCGCCCUCGUCCUCGGAGUCAGAAGGCGUCCCGAGCCGGGCGCGCUCGCGCAAGGGGAGCAGCGGGAACGGCAGCGAGGUGUCCGUGGCGUGCCUGACGGAGCGCAUCCAGCAGAUGGAGGAGAACCAGCACAGCACGAGCGAGGAGCUGCAGGCCACGCUGCAGGAGCUGGCCGACCUGCAGCAGGUCACCCAGGAGCUGAACAGCGAGAACGAGCGGCUGGGCGAGGAGAAGGCCGUCCUCGUGGAGUCCCUGUGCCAGCAGAGUGACAGGCUGGAGCUCCUCAGCCGGCAGAUCGAGUACUUCCGCUCCCUGCUGGACGAGCACCGCGUGCCCUACGUCCUGGACGAGGACGUGAAGAGCGGCCGCUACCUGGAGCUGGAGCAGCGCUACGUGGACCUGGCGGAGAACACCCGCUUUGAGAGGGAGCAGCUGCUUGGCGUGCAGCAGCACUUAAGCAACACCCUGAAGAUGGCGGAGCAGGACAACAAAGAGGCGCAGGAGAUGAUCGGGGCGCUCAAGGAGCGCAGCCACCACAUGGAGCGCGCCGUCGAGUCCGAGCAGAGGGGCAGGGCGGCCUUGGCCGCCACGCUGGAGGAGCUCAGGGCCACCGUGGCCAGUGACCAGAUCGAGAUGAAUCGCCUGAAGGCCCAGCUGGAGAACGAGAAGCAGAAAGUGGCGGAGCUGUAUUCCAUCCAUAACUCUGGAGACAAGACCGACAUCCAGGACCUCCUGGAGAGUGUCCGGCUGGACAAAGAGAAGGCAGAGACUCUGGCCAGCAGCCUGCAGGAAGACCUGGCCCACACCCGGAAUGAUGCCAACCGGCUGCAGGACACCAUCGCAAAGGUAGAAGACGAAUACCGAGCCUUCCAAGAGGAAGCUAAGAAGCAAAUAGAAGAUCUGAACAUGACCUUAGAAAAAUUACGAUCAGAGUUGGAAGAAAAAGAGACAGAAAGGAGCGACAUGAAAGAAACAAUCUUUGAACUUGAAGACGAAGUGGAACAGCACCGGGCGGUGAAGCUUCACGACAACCUCAUCAUCUCUGACUUAGAGAAUACGGUUAAAAAACUCCAGGACCAAAAACAUGACAUGGAAAGAGAAAUCAAGACCCUCCACAGGCGACUGCGGGAGGAGUCAGCGGAAUGGCGGCAGUUCCAGGCUGAUCUGCAGACCGCGGUGGUCAUCGCAAAUGACAUUAAGUCUGAAGCCCAAGAGGAGAUUGGUGACCUGAAGCGCCGCUUACAUGAAACUCAAGAGAAAAAUGAGAAGCUCACAAAAGAAUUGGAGGAGAUAAAGUCACGCAAGCAGGAGGAGGAGCGUGGCCGGGUGUAUAACUACAUGAAUGCUGUGGAGAGAGAUCUGGCGGCCCUGAGGCAGGGCAUGGGGCUGAGCAGAAGGUCCUCGACGUCCUCGGAGCCGACGCCCACGGUGAAGACCCUCAUCAAGUCCUUUGACAGCGCAUCUCAAGUGCCCAGCCCCGCCACGGCAGCAAUCCCCCGAACGCCUCUGAGCCCGAGCCCCAUGAAAACGCCCCCCGCGGCUGCCGUCUCCCCCAUGCAGAGACAUUCCAUCAGUGGACCGAUCUCCACGUCCAAACCCCUGACAGCCCUCUCAGAUAAGAGACCAAACUACGGGGAGAUCCCUGUUCAAGAGCAUCUGCUGAGAACGUCUUCGACCAGCCGACCUGCUUCUCUGCCGAGAGUACCUGCCAUGGAGAGCGCAAAGACCAUCUCAGUGUCCAGACGGAGCAGCGAGGAGAUGAAGCGCGAAGUGUCAGCUCCCGAGGGCGCGUCGCCCGCCGCGCUCAUGGCCAUGGGGGCCACCUCGCCGCAGCUGUCGCUCUCCUCCUCGCCCACGGCCUCCGUGACCCCCACCGCCCGCAGCCGCAUCAGGGAAGAAAGAAAGGAUCCUCUGUCAGCCUUGGCAAGAGAAUAUGGAGGGUCCAAGAGGAACGCCUUGCUGAAGUGGUGUCAGAAGAAAACCGAGGGCUAUCAGAACAUCGACAUCACCAACUUCAGCAGCAGCUGGAACGACGGGCUGGCCUUCUGUGCCCUGCUGCACACCUACCUCCCCGCGCACAUCCCCUACCAGGAGCUCAGCAGCCAGGACAAGCGGAGGAACUUCACGCUGGCCUUCCAGGCGGCCGAGAGCGUCGGUAUCAAGUCCACACUGGACAUCAGCGAGAUGGUGCGGACAGAGCGGCCGGACUGGCAGAGUGUGAUGCUCUACGUGACCGCCAUCUACAAGUACUUCGAGACCUGAACGCCUGCCGCCCGUCAUGGGGCCCGGCAAGCUCCCUGUGCCCCAGCUGCCUGCCCCGC